UUUUAGUAUUUCGAAUGUAUUUAUGAUGACUAAAUAGAAGUUAGUCAGGUAUUGUUCAUGGAUGUAACCAAUUAUUAAUUCUGAUUCAUGUCUUUCUUAUAAAAUGGCAUCACAUGAUUAUGAGGAACCAUCUCCGACUCACAAUGAUUUACACGAGUAUUUAGAAAUUGUUGAGUGGGGUAACAGGAAUGCAUGUACCCCUCGAAUAUCAACGAGGAUGUAUGACAACUCGAUUUCCACUGAAAAGAAAUAUAAGAAACAGAAAUUGUUCCUCUUUUUUAUGCUUGGUUGUGUUACCUCAGCGAUAUUAAUAGUCCCUCUUAUAAUAGUAUUUCGACAGUCUACAACAUUGACUGAAAAGGAAAAAGAUAAAUGUACGACAGAAGCACCCUGUAUCAACAACGGACAUUGUGUGACGUACAACAAUACCAUGUUGUGUAUUUGUCCAGCAGGAUACAUUGGAAAACUAUGUGAAAUCAAAGACCUAUGUAUAAUAUCAGGUAUUUGUCAUAAUGGGGGUACUUGUAUAACUACAAGACACUCCUCUUAUUGUUUAUGUGCUGAGGGAUUUCUGGGAAAGAAUUGCAAAUAUAGAGGUUUACAGGGGUACCAGUUCUUCGUCGCUUUUAAUCCAAAGUAUAGAAAUAUAACUCUGCACCUGUCGUCUGAGAAAAGCGGACGUUGUGAUCUUAUCCUACCGUCUGUAAAACGUUAUAAAACAAUAGCAUUACAGGGAAAUUAUACCUCCUUUGAUUUAUCAAAGUAUGGCAAUCUCGGUAUUGGGAAAAUCAGUGGUGAUGCACACAUACGAGUUGUGUGUGAAGUAUUUAUUUAUCUAUUUUAUUUCCUAACAGACGAACACGGUACAAUCUGGAAGUCUUUCCCUGUUAUUCCAUCAAAAGGAUUGUCAAAUGAGUAUGUUAUCCCACAGUUUAAACCUCAUCAAAAGUUUGACGCACUUAGUGUUAUUGCCUUCGAAGAAAAUACGACAGUGACGGUUAAUUUUAAGACGGCGAGGUGGGUCUUGAGUAAUAUAACAUUCAAUGAAAGCAUGUUUGACGGCAAUAAAUUGACAUUUAAUGCAGAACAAUAUGAAUAUAGUUAUAUAAGCUGUGAACAAUGCCACCUCACUGGAACAUAUGUGAACGGUACUAGACCAUUUGCGUUGUUUUUUAAAACGUACAUUCCAGAGGUCAUCCCUGUACUUCCUUUAAACGAUUUCAGUAAAGUGUUCAUUGUUCCGCAGUUAUCAAAUCUAAUAAAAACCCUAGGACUCAGAAUAUUCUCUAAGUACAAGACGAAGAUUGAGUUUAAAGACAUUAAUAAUACAAUAUCCACUUCGAUAUUGGAUGAGAACAACUAUCUGACAACCAAUCACAAACAUACAACGGUUGUAUCUUCACAAGAAGUAAUUAUUUUGUUUCUAAAGGCGUAUAGUCCUCACACGGGAACAAUUGAUAAUGUUGUACCUGGUAUAAACCAGUAUCUACCAUACUACGAGUUUGUUGUUCCAGGAAAUACAGAUGAAAAUUUUGCCACUUUCAUUGUUCCAUCGGGAGAGGUGUCCGGUGUUCGUAUAAACAACCGUCAGUUCGAACUUUUACAUGUUAGUGUAACAAAUGUUCGCGUAUUUGAAACCUUAUACUCUAUAUUCUCUAUAUCAAUCAAAGAAGGAUGGCACAUUGUUAAACAUGUAAACUAUGUGAAAUUCGGACUUUUGAUUCAAGGAAUUUCUAAUUAUCAGGACAAAAGACAUUCCGGUCCUUAUCUUUAUUUUGUAGGGAGAAAUUUAACAAUUGUCACUACCCGAAAUAAUUGAGAUAGUGAAAAAAGGUUUCUUUGUAAAUACAAUAAUACUAUUAUCAAUUGUUUUCUAUUUUCUUUCAGAGAAUUAAAAACUAUAAACUUCUAA